GAGAAACUAAAAGACAAAGCUUUAUAGAGAGAUAAAGUUAAUGGAAAGGCUCUCCUCCUCAUAAAAUUCCAUAUUCCUCUCUGGAAGAGGACGACAACAGAUCACAAAACAACAAAAUGCAGCUCUCACAGCAUUGCCACAACGUACCCAUGAACAAGUCUUCUUAACUCUGCUUUUAAUUCAAUCUAUUGACUUUCGUUUCCCUCUAUCUUUCUCUGUGACAACCUAGUGGGUUUUUUAUCAAUUACAAAAGCAGUAGGGAUUUUCUUGGUUUUGCUUGGCUAGUUUUUGAAUACUCUGUUCUGUUCUGUGUUGUUACUGUUGUUUGUUCUUUCUCCGUGAACUGGAGCGUAACUCAUCGAAUAUCUGGUUCCCACUUGAGCUUUUCUUCUUGGGGGUCUUUAUAUAUUUGUUCAGUUUCUCUAGAUCGGGCAUUUCUUGUUACUUUUGUCAUACUCCUCUGUUUAUUUCACCUCUUCGUCUUCUUCUCAUCUUGAUCUGUUAAAUUUAUCUGAAUUCUAGAUUCCUUUGAGAAUUAAUUUUCUUGAUCCCACCACGAUAUUUCCAUUUUUUUUCCCAUAUAGCUGUUGUGUGCCCAUGUUUCAAGAUGAUGAAUCAUCAGUAACAUCAUCACCUCUCCAGUUUUUCUCCAUGAUGUCUCUCUCCCCUGGUAUAGGAUCACAGUAUCCCUGGCUUAGAGAGCUAAAAUCUGAGGAGAGGGGAUUGUAUUUGAUCCAUUUAUUGCUCACUUGUGCAAAUCAUGUAGCUUCUGGUAACCUUGAAAAUGCAGAGAUUGCUCUCGGGCAGAUCUCCCAACUAGCCUCGGCUGAUGGUGAUACUAUGCAGCGUAUUGCUGCUUAUUUUACUGAGGCACUAGCUCAAAGGAUCAUCAAAGCUUUGCCUGGUGUCCACAGGGCCCUUAAUGCUACUCGAAUAACUUUGGUUUCUGAAGAAAUUCUAGUUCGCAAACUGUUUUUCGAGAUGUUACCAUUCUUGAAAGUGGCUUUUUUGCUUGCAAACCAAGCUAUAAUCGAAGCCAUGGAAGGGGAGAAGAUGGUUCACAUAAUUGAUCUUAAUGCAGCUGAACCUGCGCAAUGGCUUGCACUUCUUCAAGCAUUAAGUGCACGGCCUGAGGGACCGCCCCAUUUAAGAAUUACAGGGAUCCAUCAACAGAAAUGGGUACUGGAUCAAAUGGCUCAUAAACUCAUUGAAGAAGCAGAAAGGUUGGAUAUUCCAUUUCAGUUCAAUCCCAUUGCUGGCGACUUAGAGAAUCUUGAUAUUGAAAAGCUGCGUGUUAAAACUGGGGAGGCUUUAGCAAUUAGUUCAAUCCUCCAAUUGCAUCCUUUCUUGGCUUCAGAUGAUGAAUUGCGAAGGAGAUCUCCAGUGCCAUUAAAGAAUUCAAAUGGAAUUCACUUGCUAAGAGCCCUUCAAAUGCACCAAGGCACAUUAGGGGAGUUGCUUGAGAAAGACAUGGUAAAUGGAUACAACCCAAGUCCUGAAUCAACCUCAUCAUCCCCACAAUCUCCUUCUACUUCAGUGAAGAUGGAUUACUUUCUCAACAUGCUUUGGAGUUUGUCACCAAAGCUCAUGGUGGUAAUGGAGCAAGAUUCUAAUCAUAAUGGAUCAACUCUCAUGGAGAGGCUAUUGGAGUCUUUAUACUCUUAUGCAGCAUUGUUUGAUUGUUUGGAAUCUACUGUGUCAAGAACAUCCAUGGAGAGACUCAAGAUGGAGAAGAUGCUGUAUGGGGAGGAAAUAAAGAACAUUGUAGCAUGCGAAGGAGCUGAGAGAAGAGAAAGACACGAAAAACUCGAGAAGUGGAUGCAGAGGCUUGAUUUGGCUGGAUUUGGAAAUGUGCAUUUGAGCUACUAUGGUAUGCUGCAGGCAAGGAGGUUGUUGCAAGGUUAUGGUUGUGAUGGUUAUAGAAUUAAGGAAGAAAAUGGGUGUGUAGUAAUUUGCUGGCAAGAUCGACCUCUUUUUUCUGUAUCUGCUUGGAGAUGUAGAAAGUAACUGUUAAAAUUCAUCAGAGUGUUGAGAGUUUUUCAGUUUUUGCCUAUGAAAGAGUUCUGCUAAUCUGCAAAUCUAUACUCUUAGAAUGAUUUGAAGGCCCUGUUCUUGCACAUAUCUACUGUUGACAUGUUUUAUUAAUCUCAUUUUUCUUCUCAUGAAGCCUAAUGCUGAUCUUUUUAAGGCUCGUGCUUUCCA